AUGGCAACACCUUCAGAAGGAUCGGGAAAGUCUGUAGGAUUUAGUUUUAGGGUCAAGGACCCCAAUAUUCUAACCAAAUGGAUGUUGGAUUCCACCAAGGUCACGUUUGGUCCAGGGGCGGCGGUCUUCGAGAUAAUGACGAGUCUCGAAAGUAUAUCUAUUGCUAUGGCAGUUGGAUCUCAUUCUAUCAAUCGAAAUGAUUUGGAGGCUCUAUGCCAGCAGUUACCGGGCGUUCCCUCCUUUAUCCUCGAUACAAAUCAACGACACCACCGACUUAUCUUCUCGAAUAUGCAAAAUGCAAGAGCCGCGUUUGGCACUCUACAGGGAAUGCCAUUAUGUGGUGAACCGGUCACUUGUCAUUUGGACUUGAAUCCUCUUCGACAGUCUGCAAGCUUUGAAUACUGUCUACAGUUAUCAUGGAUCGCCCCCUUCAAACGGUUCAUUGCACAUAUGAGGUCAAAACAUGAAGUUAGCAAUGCCAUCGACGCGUGGAAAAUGAAAAAUAUUUCUGGAGUUAGGCUACGCGUUUAUCGCCCUACAACGAACCAUUUGGACGUCAUAGUCGAUGGGAUCCCAUUGAACAUUCCUCAUCACGAGAUACAAUCUCUCUUCCCUGGAUAUUUAGGAGAAAUUGUGCUAGUAGGAGUAGAGGAUACAACCGCCGAAGGCAUCCUGCGAG